GGGCAGAGCUGAACGAAGGGAAUGGCUUCAGAAGGCCAGUGUGUGGAGACACGGUUGAGCUGCAGGCCUGCCCUCUCCUGCAUUUACCUGUCUGUGGGACCGAUGGGAACACCUACGCCAAUGAAUGCCAGCUCUGUGUGCAGCAAAUGAAAACCAGGCAAGACAUUUGGAUUUUGAAAGAUGGGCAGUGUCAAGAUAUCUGA